AGGCAGCCGCUGUUGCCAAGCAACCACCUAGGAGCCCGAAGGCGGGCGCGGCCUCUGAGUGCUUGAAGCCUUAAAUCUCUCGCGGCUGUGAAGGCCCCGGGAGAAGCGCGAGCCAGGCCUGGGAACUCAGCGUCCGCGGAGAGAAGGACAGGUCAGAACCACAAGCUACAGUCCCUCCUACCUCUUUCCUUUUCCUUAACUGGCCAUGGCUGAGGUGCACGUGAUUGGACAGAUCAGGGGGGCCACCGGCUUCUCGGAAAGCAGCCUCUUCUGCAAGUGGGGCGUCCAUACAGGGGCAGCAUGGAAGCUCCUGUCGGGCGUUCGGGAAGGCCAGACACAGGUGGACACCCCCCAGAUAGGGGACAUGGCCUACUGGUCCCACCCCAUCGACCUGCACUUCGCCACCAAAGGCCUCCAAGGCUGGCCCCGGCUCCAUCUCCAGGUAUGGUCCCAAGACAGCUUCGGCCGCUGCCAGCUUGCAGGUUAUGGCUUUUGCCAUGUGCCCAGCAGCCCGGGCACCCACCAGCUGGACUGCCCCACGUGGCGGCCCUUGGGCAGCUGGCGGGAGCAGCUGGCACGGGCCUUUGUGGGCGGUGGGCCACAGCUGCUACAUGGAGACACAGUCUACAGCGGGGCCGACCGCUACCGCCUGCACACGGUGGCGGGGGGCACUGUGCACCUGGAGCUGGGCCUGCUGCUGCGCCACUUUGACCGCUACGGUGUGGAGUGCUGAGGGGCCUGGCCCGACACCCUGAGAGCGGCUGGGAGGCACAGUGCUCCAGAGCCUGGGCCUCAAGGACUGGCAGGAGUGGCCCAUCCCGGACAUGAUGCUGCUCCCUGUCUGGCCAGGGCCUCCAGGUCUGGUGGCCUGUUUGGAGUCCUUUGCCCUUCUGUGCAGCAGAGGCCACAGGAUGAGGUGGGAGGAGACAGCUUCAUGUUCAAUAAAGAAGAGUGGUUCUUAGAAGUUGUCAGCUGUCCUGCCACUGAAACAUCCCAGACACAUUCGUUUUUUAUUUUUUCAUUUAUUUUUUGCCUCCAGGGUUAUUGCUGGGGCUCAGUGCCAGCACUACAAAUCCACUGCUCCCAGCACCCCCCCCCCCCAAUAUUAUUUGAUAGGACAGAGAGAAAUUGAGAGGGGAAGGGAGAAAGGGAGAGAGGACCUGCUCCACUGCUGGAGAAACUUCCUGCCUACAGGUUCUGUGUGUGUUUAAGUAGGUGCGCAGCCACUGCCAGGUCCAUGUUGUCACAUGGUUAAGCACACAUGCUACAAUGUGCAAGGAGCUGGGUUCCAGUCCUGUCCCCACUUACAGGAGUUAAGUUUUGCAAGUGGUGAAGCAGGGCUGCGGUGUCUCUUUCCCUCUCAGUCUCCCCCUCUCCUCUCCAUUUCUGGCUGUCUCCAAUAAAUAAAUAAAUAAAUGUAAUAAAAUUUUAAAAAGAAAUAUUGAAGAGA